AUGGGCGGUGAUAUGAAGGUGAUUCUUGUGACCGGUGGCUCAGGUCUGGUCGGUCAGGGAAUACGGCUGGCAUUGGAAACUUAUAAUUUGAAAGAACCUGGUGAGACAUGGAUAUUUGCAUCCUCAAAGGAUAUCAAUCUCUGCAACGGUACGGAGACUCUAUCAUACUUUGCGAAUGUCCGGCCUACGCAUGUCAUCCAUCUGGCAGCUAGAGUUGGUGGACUCUUCGCUAAUAUGGAUGAUAAUCUUGGUUUUUUCAGAACAAAUAUGCAAAUUAACGACAAUCUUUUGGAGGCGUGUUUGAAGUUUUGUGUGCAAAAGACCAUCUCCUGUCUCUCAACUUGCAUAUUUCCUGACAAUACAAAUUACCCAAUCGACGAAACCAUGGUGCACAAUGGGCCACCUCACUUCUCAAAUUACGGCUAUGCUUACGCAAAGCGCAUGAUUGACGUGCUCAAUCAUGCCUAUACGGAGAAGUGUGGGACAGUGUAUACGUCCAUCAUCCCCACAAACGUAUUUGGUCCUUACGACAACUUCAAUUUAGAAAAGGGCCAUGUUCUUCCCGCUCUUAUCCACAAGGCGUACCUUGCCAAAACCUACUUUUUCCUUGCCACAGAGGCAGGUGAGCCAUUGUUGGUACUGGGUUCGGGUACCCCUCUUCGACAAUUCAUCUAUUCCGUCGACCUUGGUCGCCUGAUAGUGUGGGUUUUGCGUCAUUACAAUCACCCCGAACCCAUCAUUCUCUCCGUCCCCGAAGCUGAUGAAAUUUCUAUCAAGGAUGCCGCCUCCGUCGUUGCCUCUGCCAUGGGAUGCAUGGGUCUUACUUUUGACUCAUCUAAGGCAGAUGGACAGUUCAAGAAGACAGCCUCAGUACAGAAACUCAUGUCCCUCUGUCCUAACUUUCAAUUCACUCCUUUCCGAAAAGGCAAGUCGCCACUUUGCCUAAACUCAGGCAGUUUAGCUGCUGCUCAUAAUCACAGUUUUAACUUUGCGCAUUACAUUCCAGCUAUCAUGGAUACCUGCGAGUGGUUCAUCGCAAACUUUGACACCUGUCGAAAGUAA